UUUUGGAACAGUGACAGUGCUGAAUUCGUUGUUGACUUCGUUUUAAUCUUAGUUUUGACAAGUAUUAAUAUUUUGCUUUCAAAAUAAACUAGAAUUGCGGAAGAAUGAGUUCACUGGAUUGGGAAGAAGUUAAGAGAUUGGCUGCUGAUUUUCAAAAAGCACAGCUCAGUUCUACAUUGCAAAAAUUGUCUGAGAGAAAUUGCGUAGAGUUGAUAACAAAAUUGAUUGAAUUGAAUCUACUAGACGUCAUUUUCACUGCCGAUGGAAAGGAAUACAUUACUCCACAAUAUUUAGAAAAGGAAAUUCGUGAUGAAUUGUACCUGCAUGGUGGGAGAAUAAACUUAGUGGAAUUAACAAAAAUUUUGAAUGUUGAUUUGUUCCACAUCACGAGAACUGCGAAUGACAUUGAGAGACAUGACAAGAGUGUCAAAGUAAUUUUGGGCCGUCUAAUCAUAGACAAGAGUUAUAUGGUUAAGAUUGUGGCGGAAAUCAGUGAUACAUUGAAUCAGAUUGGGUUCAUCAAUAUUGCGGAAUUGACGCUGCAUUAUGAUCUACCAGAUAAUUUUCUGCAGCCUCUGGUGGAAAAGGCACUAGGAAAAACGAUUCAUGGCACACAGGAUAAGCAGGACCCUAAAAUUUUUUACACCGAGGGAUUCAUUACUACGAAUAAGGCUAAGAUGAGCGGAGCCUUCUUUGCUAUUACGAAACCUACGCCAUUAAGUGCUGUUAUGGGACAGUGCAAUAUACCUGAAAAGAUAUUUUCCGCAAUUCUUGACGAUCUACAAGGUUCAAUGCAGAUAGCAGGUGUCAUAUCCGGUAAACCAGGCAGCAAUGGCAUUUACGUGCCGACAAUCUAUUCAAAAAAUCAAAGUGAAUGGGUCCAUAAUUUCUACAAACAGAAUGGCUAUCUUGAAUACGAUGCUCUGACACGUCUCGGACUUUCCGAUGCUAAGAACUUCGUGAAACGCCAUUUUACCCACGAGAAUUUAACUCUUCUCAAUACGGUCGCAGUGGGUGGCGCAAUAAUUGAUCAGGUGGAUGCCAACGUCGAAGACACUAUCACCACCAACUCAUUUACCGACAUUUAUCCUCUGCUGCCCUCAGUCUUCACCCCAGAGGACAUAGAGGCACUCUUAAAGGAGUCACAAAGACGGUGUCAAAUAAAAUUCCAUAUAUUUGCAACAACUGUUAUCGUUUCAGAGGCAUUCUUACAACUUUUGAGUAAACCCUUGGAGUUCAAAGUGGAAGCGAGAGCGAAAGAGGCCGUUGAAAGUGGUAAAUGGUUGCAAUACAUCGCUGAGAGUAAAAUUAAAUCCUCGAAAUCUGCAGAUUUCAUCAGAAACGAUAAAAAAGACGAAAGGAGGAAGAAAGCAUCAAGUGGAAAGGCGGGGGGUGGCAGCCAAGGUCGAGAGACUAAGACAAAAUCCACAAAAAAAAAGUAUAUCCCUACGAAAAACCAGGAUUACGAAUCAGAUGAUGAGAGCACAACAAAAGCAAAUGAAAGAACUGAGUUAAUUCUUCUCACUGAGGAAGAUAUUAGAGAAGAAUUGAAUAAAGACGGGCAUCUCUCUGAAAUCGCUGGUCUUGUGGGCCAAUUGACAGAAUAUUUACAAUCGAAAUUGAAUAAACAAGCAUUCGCUAUGGCUGAACAGUUUGCACUAGCCACUAAGUCAAAUAAUUUAGGCGAAAUUGAGGAAAGAUUGAAUAUGUUGAUAACAAAUAUUAAAAUAUUUGAUAAGGGGAUAAAGUGUAUUUCGAAUAGAGAGGCACAGAUUCUUCUAUCUAAGUAUUUAAUGAAGACUUUGGGAGUGGAUUUUGUCACUGAUAUAUUUAGAUUAGCAGCGCAGCAGAAUGUUGUGCAGUGUCCCAGUACCUUGACGACAGAAGCAAGGCAGAAGAUGCUUUUGGAAUUGCCAAAUGACGUGAGAGAGCCCUUAAGUAACAUACAUAAGGCUACUGGGAAGGGAUCUGUUGAAGAGUUUUUCAAUGCGAUUGAAUCAACAAUGGCUACUUGUUGUUUGGUACUAAAGAAGUAUGAUAAGAAAAGAGAGAAGACUGUCAUCUUAGGGCAUAAGCACGCAUUGUUGGACCAGUUGAACUCGACUAAUGAUCCUGCUCUUGCCUUGCAUCUAGUUACGAGCGUGUUAUUCACUGCUACUACGCAAUCUGCUCUCCAUAUGUCGGGAAGACAUGUUUCUCUUGUUCUUGGCUUUCUGCAGACACAAUUGGAGGCACAGACUGUGGGAAAAUUGUCACGCUAUCACGAUUUGGUUCUCACGCUACUAAGCUCUGACAACGAGGGAUUGAAGCUAGAGAUUCGAAAAAAUCUCGAAGACGAUUUACCAGGACUCAAAGAUAUGGCCAAUUAUUUUCGGAAACAAGUAACCGCUGAUAAAUAGAGGCCAAUUAUUGUAAUAUAUUUCAGUACUAAUGUGGAGAUGAUCAUUAUUCGUAAAAAUUGUCUACAAGAUGUCCCAAAAUACCAAUGAAUAUUUCAGAGGAUGAAAAAGGAUGAAAUUCCGAGUUGAAAGUUCGUUGUCUCCUUUUGACACUGGACUUUAGUUAUUAAUUCUGAAUGGAUACAUCUCCAGGGCGCUCUAUCUACGGUUACACUGAGGUGGUUCAUCGCUGCAUUUACCAACCGUUUGAAAUAUAAUAUUGACGUGUUACAUAUUGAUGUAGUUCAGCCAAUCUGGAAAAGGCUCAUGUACCCACUAAAAUAUAAGUAGAGUUCCAUGUCAGUGCUCAUCAUGGUGAAAAAGGAUUGUACAUAUAUAUUAUUAUUAUUAUUA